CGUGUGGGAGGGGCCGACCUGGUGGGCGGUCUCUAGAAGGUAAAGUAAAAGGCUAGUUGGGGCCAGAGAGUGAGGACCCGCGAGAGUCUCGAGGUCCCGCCCUGGGCGGAAGAAACGGGAGCAGCUGGGUCCUCUAGCUGCAGCUCCAGACUAGGCUGUGCACCCACCAUGAGUGUUGACAUCCAAUGCGAGGAGCUGAGCGAUGCCCGCUGGACAGAGCUCCUUCCGCUGAUGCAGCAGUACCCAGUGGUCAGGCUGGAUGACUGUGGCCUCACUGAGGUGCGGUGCAAAGACAUCAGUUCAGCGAUCCGGGCCAACCCUACCUUGACAGAGCUCAGCCUACGCACCAAUGAGCUGGGUGAUGCUGGUGUGUGCCUGGUGCUCCAGGGCCUGCAAACUCCCACUUGUAAGAUCCAGAAGCUGAGCCUUCAGAACUGCAGCUUGACGGAGGCUGGCUGUGGGGUCCUGCCUAACGUGCUGCGCUCUUUGCCUACCCUGCGUGAGCUACAUCUCAAUGACAACCCUCUGGGGGAUGCAGGCCUGAAGCUGCUCUGUGAAGGACUUCGGGACCCCCAGUGCCGCCUUGAGAAGCUUCAGUUGGAAUACUGUAACCUCACAGCUACCAGCUGUGAGCCCCUGGCUUCAGUGCUCAGGGUAAAACCUGACUUUAAGGAGCUUGUGUUGAGCAACAAUGACCUCGAGGAGGCUGGUGUCCACGCGCUGUGCCGGGGGCUGAAGGACUCUGCCUGUCAACUGGAGUCACUCAAGCUGGAGAACUGUGGCAUCACAUCAACCAAUUGCAAGGAUCUGUGUGAUGUCGUGGCCUCCAAAGCCUCACUGCGGGACCUGGACCUGGGCAGCAACAAGCUGGGUAAUGUAGGCAUUGCUGCACUGUGCUCAGGACUGCUGCUCCCCAGCUGUAAGCUCAGGACGCUGUGGCUCUGGGAGUGCGACAUCACUGCAGAAGGCUGCAAGGACCUGUGCCGUGUCCUCAGGGCCAAGCAGAGCCUGAAGGAACUCAGUCUAGCUGGCAAUGCGCUGAAAGACGAGGGUGCCCAACUGCUGUGUGAGAGCCUGCUGGAGCCCGGCUGUCAGCUGGAGUCACUGUGGGUAAAGACCUGUAGUCUCACAGCUGCCUGUUGUUCCCACUUCUCCUCGGUGUUGACCAAGAACCGGUCUCUGCUGGAGCUCCAAAUGAGCAGCAACCCGCUGGGAGACUUGGGAGUCCUGGAGCUCUGCAAGGCCCUGGGCCAGCCAGACACUGUGCUGCGUGUGCUUUGGCUGGGGGACUGUGACGUGCAUGACAGUGGUUGUGGCAGCCUUGCCACCGUCCUGCUGGCCAACCGUAGCCUGAGGGAACUGGACCUCAGUAACAACUGCAUGGGGGACUCAGGUGUCCUGCAACUGAUAGAGAGCCUCAAACAGCCCAGCUGUACCCUUCAGCAGCUAGUCAUGUAUGACAUUUACUGGGCAGAGGAGGUAGAAGACAAGCUGCGGGCCCUGGAGGAAGAAAGGCCAUCCCUGAGGAUCAUCUCCUGAGAUGUGCACCUCUCUGGACAUAUG